UAACUCUCUCUCUCUCUCUCUCUCUCUCUCUCUCUCCCUCUCUCUACAGAAGCUCCCAGAAACUGUUUCUUCUACUUCCAUUCCUGCUGAAUAGGACGAAAAGCCAUUUAUGUUUGUGUCCAUAAGAUACAGAGGUGGUGAAAGCAACCAAAGGAGAAAGAAGCCAUUUUUAUCUCUACCUCCCCACCCAUUAUUUUAAUCUCCUCUUUCCCCGAAUAUCUCUGUGGAAGCUCCACAUCCUCCCCCUUCGUUGCCUCCGCCUCCGCCUCCGCUCUCCCUACACUCCCCACACUCCCCUCCCCUGUUUCCCUUCAUGAAGAGGCGAAAGGUGCGUGCUUUGGGGCUGUAACUCCGAGUCGAGCCAUGGACGUCGAGCGCGGGGGCUCCGGCGAGCCCGACAAGAGGGUGAAUUCAUGGCGAGCGGCGUUUGCUCUCGCGUACCAGAGCCUCGGCGUCGUCUACGGCGAUUUGAGCACGUCGCCGCUCUACGUGUACAAGAGCGCCUUCUCGGGGGGCGACAUCGAGCACUCGGAGACCAACGACGAGAUCUACGGGGUGCUCUCCUUCGUCUUCUGGACCCUAACCCUAAUCCCCCUUUUUAAGUACGUGUUCGUCGUCCUCCGCGCCGACGACAAUGGCGAAGGCGGCACCUUUGCGCUCUACUCCCUCAUUUGCCGCCGCGCCGGCAUCGGAUUCGUCCCCGGCGCCCGCCCCGCCGAUUGCGAGGACGCCGUGGCGGCGGCGGCGGCGGCGUCGUGCGCGGCGAAUGCUCCGAAUGGCUCCGCCUCGGCCGCUUCUAGAGUUAGGACGAUGCUGGAGAAGCACCAGGUGCUUCAGAGGCUGCUGUUGAUCUUUGCGCUGCUUGGGACUUGUAUGGUGAUCGGUGAUGGUGUGCUUACUCCCGCGGUCUCCGUUUUCUCGGCGGUCUCAGGACUCGAGCUCUCCAUGGAGAAGGAGCAGCACAAAUAUGUCGAGGUUCCUGUGGCAUGUGUCAUAUUGGUUGGCUUGUUUGCCCUGCAACAUUACGGCACCCACAGAGUAGGGUUUUUAUUCGCACCGAUCGUCGUCGCUUGGCUUCUGUGUAUCAGCGGCAUCGGUGCCUACAACAUUAUUCACUGGAACCCUCGUGUAUACCGAGCCCUCUCGCCAUACUACAUGUACAAUUUUCUGAAGAAGACCCGAAGAGGCGGCUGGAUGUCGCUAGGCGGUAUACUUCUCUGCAUAACAGGAUCUGAAGCUAUGUAUGCAGAUCUAGGACACUUCUCUCAGUCAUCGAUAAAGCUCGCAUUUACUUCCGUGGUCUAUCCAGCCCUUAUCCUAGCAUACAUGGGUCAGGCUGCUUAUCUCUCGCAACACCACGCCAUCGAAAGCAGCUACAGAAUUGGCUUCUAUGUGUCCGUGCCAGAACAAAUCAGAUGGCCGGUCCUGGCGAUUGCUAUACUUGCGGCGGUGGUGGGUAGCCAAGCGGUUAUAACCGGCACCUUCUCAAUUAUCAAGCAGUGCUCCGCCUUAAGUUGCUUUCCCAGGGUGAAGAUAGUGCAUACGUCGUCCAAGGUACACGGGCAAAUAUACAUCCCGGAGAUCAACUGGAUCUUGAUGAUAUUGUGCCUUGCCGUUACUAUUGGCUUCAGAGACACAAAGCGGUUGGGAAAUGCAUCAGGAUUGGCAGUUAUAACCGUCAUGUUGGUUACCACGUGCUUGAUGUCCUUAGUGAUAGUCCUGUGCUGGCACAGGAGCAUCUUCUUCGCCCUAUGCUUCCUCCUCUUCUUUGGAGCUAUCGAAGCCUUCUACUUCUCGGCUUCCUUGAUCAAGUUUCUAGAAGGGGCAUGGGUCCCGAUUGCCCUUUCCUUCAUCUUCAUGACGAUCAUGUACACGUGGCAUUACGGCACCCUCAAGAAGUACGAGUUCGACGUGCAAAACAGGGUUUCGAUAGGUUGGCUCCUCAACCUUGGGCCUUCCCUUGGGAUUGUUCGUGUGCGAGGCAUCGGUCUCAUACACACGGAGCUAGUGUCAGGAAUUCCCGCCAUCUUCUCCCACUUUGUCACCAACCUACCUGCAUUUCAUCAGGUUCUCGUCUUCCUCUGUGUGAAGUCCAUCCCGGUGCCCCACGUCCAACCCGAGGAGCGCUUCGUCGUGGGCCGCAUUGGCCCGAAAGACUAUAGGAUCUACAGGGUUAUCGUAAUGUACGGCUAUCGAGACGUGCAGAAGGACGACCUGGAGUUCGAGAAGGAUCUAGUCAGCAGCAUUGCGGAGUUCGUCCGUUCCGGAGGACCCGACCACGACAAUUUGGAAGAGAUCGAGGAGCCUUGUGGGAAAAUGCCGGUUGUUGGGACGCCGGUCCGGUUAUUCGAGGAGGAUUGUGAGUUGAACGAGCCACCCGGACCGUCCGAUCAAAAGGAAAUAAAAUCUCCAAUUAUAUUCCCGAAAAGGAAAAGAGUGAGGUUUUUGUUACCCAAGAGCCCUCAACUAGACAUCGCGGCGCGCGAGGAGUUACAAGAGCUGACGGAGGCGAGAGAGGCUGGAAUGGCCUUUAUACUCGGGCACUCGUACAUGAGAGCAAAGAGCGGGUCUAGUUUUAUAAAGCGGAUCGCAAUCAACUUCGGCUACGAAUUCUUGAGGAGGAAUAGCAGAGGUCCUGCUUAUGCUGCUACAAUACCUCAUGCUUCUACUCUGGAGGUGGGGAUGGUCUACCUUGUUUGAAAAUCCCGCGACUUUUGUUGAAUUAAAUCACCAAAAUGUCCAUAAUAUGUGGUUGAAUUCAUCUUCUCAUUCACUGGGGGUGGAUCAACAAAGGAUGUCGACUUCCGUUAACCAUGUGCGGCGUUAACAGUCUGUAAAUUGCGGAGAAAGAUGCAUAUAUUUGUGUAUAGCCAUAUGACCUUUUUUCUCUUUCCUUUUCACUUUUCUUGGUAGAUCCUGUAGUGCUGAUACAGUUGGAUUGAGUCUAGUGAGAUAAUGUAACAGUUUUGUUUGUUAAAGUAAUUUUGAAAA